ACUGUUUUUUGAUCCUCAAGCUCAAUUAUCUAAUUCCUAACCAUUUUUGUGAUCAAAGAAUUUACAAAGCACAAGUAGAAAAAAGUCUAUUUGUUUCGAGUUAUUAACUCGCUCAAUAUUUAAAAAAACUUUGUCAUUUCUUGUUCACUAGUGUUAUUAAUUGCUCGUGUUUUUUUUUUGUGUGUGUAUAAACACAAGGCACGAGCAACAAAUUUUUAAUUAAACAAGAACCAUGUCUAUAAACGUGCAAUCAGAAAGAACACGCGAUUUUUGGAGAUCAAGCCUAAUCGCGGCCUCAAGAACCGCCUUAGCAUGUAUUAUAGUAGGUUGCAUAACCCUUUAUGGCCCUACCUCAAUCAAGAAACAAGUUGCUUUUCCGGCAUUUGCCUAUGUCGCGAUGAUUCUUAUCGUCACCAAUGCCACCCUAGGAGACACGAUUCGAGGUCUUUGGCUUUCGUUUUACGCUACCCUUCAAACAGUUUGCCCAGCUAUCCUUUGUCUCUGGAUCAUGGGACCCACUAGGCUCACCACAGCCUCAACAUCCUUGGUGUUGGCUAUAGCUUCUUUCUUUAUUGCCUUGCCAAAAUCAACCCAUGUUGUGGCUAAAAGGAUUGCUUUAGGCCAACUUGUUAUAAUAUAUGUAGUUGGAUACAUUAACGCUGAACAAAUACAUCCUAUCAUGCAUCCUGUCCAUGUUGCUGCUAGCACUGCUGUUGGUGCUUUGGCUUGUUUCUUGGCCAUGUUGCUACCUUUCCCUCACCUCGCUUCAUCUCAGGUGAAAACAAACAGCAAGUUAUUUGCAGAGAAUGCGACAGAGAGGCUCAAGCUAUAUGUGAAGGCCUUUUGUGCUGAAGACACUACAUCUUCACAAGCAUUGAUCUCUCAAGCCAAGUGCUUGUCAGUUAAAGCCAAGAAGUUUAUCCAAUGCAUCAAAUCGAAACAAGAAAGCAUGCAGUGGGAGAGGUUUUUGAUCAAGUUUUUCAGGCCUUACUGUAAGAACCCAGGUGACCGAUUUCAAGAAAUCGAAACACCACUAAAAGGGAUGGAAAUCGCGCUAAGUAACUCGCAAGUUCCUGUUACGAUAUUUGGUGAAGAAUUGAAAGAUGGGAUGGACAGAAUAGAAGGAGAAAUAAGCCAAAACUUGCAUCAACUCAGGAAACAUAUGCCUUGUGAAACACCAACUACUGUUCCUGAAUCUACUAAUGGACAUGUUAUGAACUUCCUUCAAAAACUCGAAAUUCUCCCUUCAAAUGAUAAGGAUUUACCCUCUUAUUUUUUCUUCUUUUGUAUGAAACUUCUACACUCUCAAUCAAGGGCCAUGACCAUUCACCCCAACCCACAAAAAAUCGACAAACAAACCCCACAAACACAAGCCCAACAACACCCAUCAAAUCAUAACAAAAAACACCCAGAUGGGCUUUCUUUGUCUUGGAUUUUAGCCAACUGGGCCACUUCACUGAACAAAGAAAGGCUACUAAUUGCACUAAACUGCUCGCUCUCAUUGGGAUUCGCAGUCUUAGUUGGGCUUUACUACAGUAAGCCCAAUGGGUUCUGGUCUGGGCUCCCUGUAGCUGUGAGUUUUGCAGCAGCUAGGGAAGCAACUUUCAAAGUUACCAAUGUUAAGUUCCAAGGGACAGUAAUUGGGAAUGUAUAUGGAGUUUUAGGCUGUUUUAUUUUCGAACGAUUUGUACAAAUAAGGUUCAUAGCCCUUCUACCUUGGUUCAUUUUCACAAGUUUUCUUCAACAAAGCAAAAUGUAUGGCCAAGCAGGAGCAGUCUCAGCAGUUAUAGGAGCAAUUCUGAUAUUGGGUAGAAGAAAUUUCGGUCCCCCAAGCGACUUUGCCAUAGCAAGAAUUGUCGAAACUUUCAUAGGCUUAUUCUGCUCAAUAAUCAUUGACAUCUUAUUACAACCUACUAGAGCUGCAUCCUUAGCCAAAAUUCAUCUAACCAAAACACUCGGUGCACUCCAUACCGCCUUCUCCUCUAUCGAUCUCCUUACAAUGUCUAAGGCCGAGUUACUUGAAACCACGAAAAGUAUCAAAAUACACCUCAAUGAGCUAGGAAAAUUCGUGGGUGAAGCCGAGGCAGAACCCAAUUUUUGGUUCUUGCCUUUUCAUACACAAGGGUAUAACAAAUUGAUGGGCAUUUUCACAAAAAUGAGUGAUCUUUUGGUGUUUGUAGCACAUGCUAAUGGAAUCCUAGAAGAACAAAUCCGAAGACUUGAUAUGAUGGGAUUUAAGGAUGAAUUGGAUAGAAUAAAUGUUGAUGUUAAACAUGUAGGGAAUGUGAUAGCAAAUAGUAUGAAAUCAUUCCAAGAGAUAGCUUGUAUUAAGUCAAUGUUAGUUCUUGAAAAGGACCUUACUAAAAGUGGAAAGACUUAUGAUAUUGAAUUGGGAAAGCCAAGUAAGGAUCCGAGGUUGGAUGAGAAAGAAAUCGCGAAGAAUAUAAAUGUGUUUCUUGAUCAUUUGAAGGAAGUGUUUGAAAAGAUUGAGUUACAUGAAGAUGAGACAGAGAUGAAGAGUCAGAUUGUGAUGAGUUUUAGUGCAAUUGGUUUUUGUUUAAGCAGUUUGAUGAAGGAAACUAAAGAGGUUGAGAAAGGAAUUAAGGAACUUGUUCAAUGGGAAAAUCCUACUAGUAAUGUAAAUCUUCAUGAAAUUUCAUGUAAAAUUCAUGCAUUAUAUGAUUGAAUUUUAAACAAUAAAAAGACUAAUUUUGUCUACAAAAAUGAAGAUAAAUUAGUGCAACUUUUUUUCAUGUAAAGCUUAUAAUAUUAUCCAAUAAGAAAAACUACAAUAGAUCAAUCCAAUCUUGGAAUGGUUACUACUAAGGGUGUUUUUUUUCACAAUAAAAAUGUAUAUUGAUGCUGAUUUAUUGAAAA